AUGGCCACCCGGCGGCCGGGAAACAAGCAAGAAAUGGUGAAAAAGCGAAGUGGCAUAACAAACCGGGGUAGGAACUGGGCGGACGGAAGAAGGCCUGCACGGGAAAUCCAGGACACCGACCGCUGGCGCAGAACUUCAAGCAACUCUCAGCAACUUCUCAAGCAACAGUCAAGCAACUCUGACCUCAGACGGUACAGGAGCCAGCAUUUUUAUUUUUUAAAGCUCAUUGGUGAAUAUGGGCUUCGUAACAAACGUGAGGUGUGGAGGGUGAAAUUCACUCUUGCCAAGAUUCGCAAAGCUGCCAGAGAACUGCUGACUCUGGAUGAGAAAGAUCUCAAGCGUUUGUUUGAAGGUAAUGCCCUGCUUAGGCGUUUGGUGCGCAUUGGUGUGUUGGAUGAGGGGAAGAUGAAGCUCGAUUACAUUCUGGGCUUGAAAAUUGAAGAUUUCUUGGAGAGGCGUCUUCAGACCCAAGUGUUCAAGUUGGGUUUGGCUAAAUCCAUCCAUCAUGCCUGUGUAUUGAUCAGACAGAGGCACAUCCGUGUCCACAAGCAAGUGGUUAACAUCCCAUCUUUCAUUGUGCGCUUGGAUUCCCAAAAGCACAUUGACUUCUCUCUGCGCUCACCAUACGGUGGUGGACGUCCUGGCCGUGCUAAGAGAAAGAAUGCCAAGAAAGGACAAGGUGGUGGAGAUGAUGAAGAGGAAGAUUAAACUGUAAAUUUGGCUUCCCAACACCAUCUGGGAUAUGUAGUGAAGAGUUGUAAAAUAAACUUGGUUUAACAUAAAAAAAAAAAAAAAA